AUGCAGUCCGCCGCCGGAAAACGCGUCCUGAGCACCCUCGCCUCCAAGCUCCACCCGCAGCUCCCGCUCUCGCCCAGAGAGAGCCAGCAGCUACUGUCGUUGCUGACCCAGUCGUUCCGCGCCCACCUCGACCGUGAACACCCCGUGAACACCCCCGAGACCAGCCAGAGGGGCCCUUCGCGCCAGCUGCUGAUUGGCAGCGGGCAACGCAACCCCUCGCCGAGCCGUGCGAUAGCGUCGUCGUAUGCCUCGACCACGCAGCAUCUCGACUCCAUCCUGAACAACCCACUGUUUGCAGUGAAGCCCCGCCGGAGAGGGUCAGAGUCGGCGGCAGUCGAUGUGCUGAGAGACCCGGUUGCAUGGUUCGUCAACGAGAUAGCGUUAGGCUCCGCCGACCUGCAGAAGGCGGCUAUAUGUCUCGAGGUACUCGAGAAGACGACGGGCCAAAGCAAGACACAACUCAAAGAUGGAGUCACGCCGGCAAAUGUGCUUUCGGAGUGGCUGAGGACUAGCGGCCUGGACACCUCGAAGCAGUUCCUGGACAUGUGCAUGUCAAAAUCAGGCAAUGGCAGCAGAUUCCUGGACCGACUGGUGGCUUUGCAGUUGGCCGAGGGCGAGAGCACCGCACCAUGGCGCUGGUUCCUGCGAUCAAACGAGCAGCGAGUGAAAGAAACGGGCCUGGACGCUUCAAGGGUGACCAAGUUCAGGCAGCAGCUUUUAGAAAAGAUGGUUUCGAUUGAAGCAAACGCAGGCUUGAACAGGGGCCUUGCUGUCUUCAUGCAAGCCUUCCGCUUUACAGAAAAUGCCGGCCAUGAGUCGGCGUACGGCAUGUUGAGGACUGCUGGCGGUCGUCUUGUCAACCGCAUCAUCUCGAGCCAGGACCGGUCCAUCGACGCCGAGCUAUACCAAUCCUUUUCGUCUUCAUCGCAACGAUGGCUCGGCAGCUGGAGUCGAGCAGUCGAAGCGAUGCUAUCACUACACGACCCUUCAGCGAGCAGUCCCAUUCCAGGACUUUGGUUUAUUCAGGACCCGGCUGGCGCCGCUACCUUUGCACAGUCGUCGCGAAGCCGGCGGCAUUUCCUGGUCCAGCUGUGCUUGGGAGUGGCAAGACAGCUUCUAGAGCAAGAAAAGUUUGCGGAGGCCCAAGCAGUCAUGGAAUUCACCAAGAAGCACUUUGCCGACAUUGUGCUACCCAAACCCGCGGCCUUGGAGCAGCAAGCAUCGGAGCCGUGGAGCGUGCGCAGGGAGAGGCAGAAUUUGGAGUUGCUGGAUGGGCUGAUACCGACGUGA